AUGGAAUCACAUUGGUGUUACAACGAUGUUCGUUUCAAACCUUCCACCAGAGAUCAGUCCAUAAUAAUGACUUCUGCUAAGUUUGGCGAGGUGGUGGACAUCUAUAUCAUGACAAAGAAGGGUGCUAAGAAGAAGUGUCUUGCGUUCGUAAGAUUUAAAAAGGUCGUAGAUGAGUAUGGGCUAGAGAAAGCUUUUCAAGGAGUCAAAUGCGGUUGUAGAAUCUUGGAUGUGAACAUAGCGAGGAUUGAAAGGAAACCUGUUGGUCCGUCGGAAUGUGGAAACAUUAGAAACCGAUUACACAACCGAAUUCCUUCAACACUAGGAUCUAAAGGAAGAGUGAGCCGGUCUUACGUGACAGUUGUAACAACAUGUGAUCGUGAUUCAACUCGAAUCCUACCUCCUCCUCCACAAAUGAAAGUUGUUCCCACUAGAAUCUCUGAUGACUCACCACUUCAGGGAUGGAUUAAAGGCCUUCUACCGGAGUUAUGGUCGGAGGAAAAUUUCACAGCCAUCGUCAUGACCUAUGUUCAGGUGGUGGUUUCGUUUGUUAUGGAUCAAACAGAGGCGAACUUAUCCUUUGGAAAAGUUGGCAUCCUAACAUCAUCACUGACGAACAUCUACUAUGAAUCAUUGGUGGAGUUUAAUAGUAAAAUCAUGAAAAUCGGAAUUGUAGAAGUGGAUAUUGACUGCGUUCCAUUGAAGUCGCACAUGCGUCAAUUAGACAUGUGCUCAUCAUCAGACGAUGAUGGGAAUGAUAAUGAAGGAGAUGAUGAUGAGGACCAUAACACAGCCGAUAUUGCCUGGUCACCGAUGGCAGAUUCGUUGUCGACAAACGCUUUAAAUGACAAGGAUGGUCGGAGAAUCGAAAGAAAUAGACUUGGGGAACGUUAA